UUCAGAACAACAACAUGUUUUUGAUGAGCAACUAAAACAUGCUAGCGGUUAAUUCCCCUGUUCUGGCCCUGCCUGGCUUCCCUAGGCCAUGGACUCGAGUAGCCUAGCGCGAAAGCUGAGGUCGCUGUGCAUCGCGGGGGAGCUCUCUCGGGCAGUGAGCCUCCUCCACCGGAGCGCCGUCCGCCCCGUCUCGAGCGCCUACGCUCUUCUGCUGCAAGAGUGCGUGAACCGGAGGGACGCGAGGCUCGGCAAGAGGAUCCACGCGCGCAUCGUCUCCACCGGCUUCAGAUGCAGCGACUACAUGGCCACCAAGCUGCUGAUCUUUUAUGCCAAGAUCGGGGAGCUCGGCGUCGCCCGGGGCCUGUUCGACGGAAUGCCGCGCAGGGACGUCGUGGCAUGGAACGCGAUGGUAUCCGGGUGCGCGCGCGGGGCCGAGGAGGCGCAGGCGGUGGAGAUGUUCGGCCUGAUGCGGGCGGAGGGGCUGAGGCCGGACCAGUUCACGUUCGCGUCGGUGCUCUGCGCGUGCGCCAGGAUGGCCGCGCUGGAGCACGGCCGGCGCGUGCACGGCGUCAUGGUCAAGUCGGACCGUGUCAGCGGAAACUUGUUCGCCAACAGCGCGCUGGUCGACAUGUACCUCAAGUGCAGCAGCGCCGAGGACGCGCGCCGGGCGUUCGCGGCCGCGCCGGAGCGGAACGUCACCAUGUGGACUGCGCUCAUCUCCGGGCACGGCCAGCACGGGCACGUGCGCGAGGCGCUGGCGCUCUUCGACGAGAUGACGCGUGACGGGUUCCGGCCGAAUGACGUGACGUUCCUCGCCGUGCUCUCGGCCUGCGCGCACGGCGGGCUCGUCGACGAGGGGCUGAGGCACUUCUCCUCCAUGCCAUCAGACUACGGGCUCGCCCCGAAGGGCGCGCACUAUGCGGCGGUGGUCGACAUGCUUGCCAGGGUCGGCAGGCUCCACGACGCCUACGAGGUCGUCAAGAACCUGCCGGACUGCCAGGAGCACUCGGUGGUCUGGGGCGCGCUGCUGGGCGCCUGCAGGAAGCAUGGCGACGUGAGGCUACUUGAGCUUGCCGUGCCGCGCUUCUUUCGGUUGCAGCCGGGGAACGCCGGCAAGUACGUCGUCCUGGCGAACACGUACGCCACCUGCCAGAUGUGGGACAGCGUGGCCGGUAUGCACGAGGCCAUGAAGUCGCUCGGCAUUCGAAAGGACCCUGCUUGGAGCGCCGUCGAAGUCCAGGGGAAGAAGCACAUCUUUCUCGCCAGGGACACAUACCACGACGAUUGUUCGGAGAUAUAUGAGGCCUGCAAUGCCUUGGCCCGUGCGGUCUCCGAGCAUUCUGUUCGAGUGUGAGCUAUGGAUGGCAUCGGCGAUCGCUGCUGGUCGAAGAUGUUAUUAAAUCCUUGUGAUUUGUUGAAUGACGUCCAAGGGGGUUUGUCUGAAGUUCAGCUGUAUCCAUGGACUGACAGGCAGUACCAUCUGAAGGGGAUGUUUCUGAAUGACACAGCACAGUCGGUCAUUCAUUCGGACAAGAGAUAGAACAGCUGAUCUCUCUGGAAGCAACAAACUCAGGUCAGCUAGUGCCAUACUAACUAUGAUUCCAACAGCAGUUGCCUGAGUGAAAUUUCCCAAAUGUUUAUUGCACUUCAAAUUGACAGGGGAGAUGGAGUAUAAAUUAUGGGUAAAAACUGAA